AUGAUAGGAUCACCACAGAUAACAAAGAGUAUGUCUGGAAACCAGAGUUUGACCCCCAUUCCAUCACCGAGAACGAGCAUUGGGAAUAGUCCCAAGAUAACACCAAUAAAAAUGGAAACAAAACCACAGGAAUGGGGACCAGACAUGGACAGGUUUUGGGAUGAUCUGACGGGUAUAACAAAUAAGCUGUCCAAGGCCCUUGAAGUUCUGGAAUCACAAACGACACUAAGGAAGGACACAAAGGAAAAAAUUAUUAUGACCCUAAGAAAGACAAAAGAAAAGUCGAAAAAAAUGGAAAAUACGGCAGAAGAAAUCCGCAGUUAUAUAGAACAGCAGAAAAUAAGAUACGGAAAAAUGGAAAGAGACUUACAAGAACUGAAAAAGGAAGAAGAAAUCACAGAAAGAAUUGCAAAGAUGGAGAAAGAAAUCAAGGAACAACAAGAAGACACAACAACAAGAUUGGAAAGAAUAAUCAAGGAAAUGGAAGAGAAAAACACAAAAACUAUAGAAUAUAAACUUAGGGAAAUAGAGGAAAAAAUUAAUGAAGGGGGGGAUGAAUGGAAUAGAAGUAAAAAAUCAACGAACAUUAUAAAAAAGUUGAAAAGCUUAGAAGACAAUUUAACAGCUGAAAUAAUAGAUGUGGGUAGAAGGAUAGGAGAGAAAAUUGAAGACAGCGAAAUGACAAUAAAAGAAAAGAUAGAUGAAACAAACAAUAAAAUAGAAAAUUAUACGGAAAUAAUCAUAAUUGAAAUAAAUGAUACGGACAAGGAAACACACUACAAGGAAAGCACCGAUUACACACCAGUGAAACAGCGUUUAAAUGAGGUCGAACAACACCUAAAUAACAAAAUCACACACGCCAGAGAGGAGGUGAUAGCUGAGAUUAGGCAUCAGAUAAAAGAUAUAACAAUAAAAAACCCAAGCGUAAAUAAUGAUACAAAAGAAAUAGCAGAACACACUAGCAAAAAAUUAACAUAUGCUGAGGUGAUAAGGGAUCAGAACAUCAAGGUCCCAAAAACCCUCCACUCAGUCAUAAUCUCAUCAACAAAUCCAAUGGAUAUGAGUGAGGACAUUAUACAAAAAGCAAAAAAGAAAAUAAAUGCUAAACAAGAAGGUAUAAAAGUGGAUAGACUGAGAAAAUGUAAAGACGCAAGGGUGAUAAUUGGGUGCGAAGAAAAACAGCAAAUAAGAACCAAAGAAGAAAAAUUAAAACAAGAAAAAGGAUUUAAAGUCGAAAAGGUUAAAAAUAAGGACCCUCUGGUGAUAUUGAAAGAUGUUUUUAAUGAUAUUAAUGAUGACGAUCUAUUAAUAGCCAUUAAGGAACAAAACAAAAAUAUAUACCAAGGAUUGCCAGAGGAAGACACAGUAACCAGAAUAAAAUUUAAAAGAAGUACAAGGAGCAGCAACACUAUUCAUGUGGCACUACAGGUCAGACCCGCGCUUUGGCAGAGAAUGACCGGGGCAGGGCACCUCCACAUAGACUUACAAAGAGUCCGGGUGGAGGACCAGUCGCCGGUGAUCCAAUGCACAAAGUGCCUUGAGUUUGGCCACGGAAGAAAAUUUUGCACUGCGAGUGCGAGUAGAUGCAGUCACUGUGGGGGAUCCCACCUUCGUACGGAUUGUCCGGACAAGGAGGAUAAACCUCCUCGGUGCUGUAACUGCUCGCACUCGGAGAUGCAGAACGUCGCGCAUAACGCAUUUAGCAGGGAAUGCCCAGUCAGAGCUAAAUGGGACUUCCUGGCCAGGGCCACAACAGCAUAUUCAUAGUAACAACUACAAACAAAAUAGAACAACACACAAUACAAGUACAUUAAUACAACAUAA